AUGAGUGAUAUGAGCGUUAAACAACAACAACAGAUUGAAUCAUUGAACAGUGAAAUACAAAUUUUACAGAAGAAAUUAGACAGUAAAACAAAAGCGUUUGCAAUAUUGAUAAACGAACUUGACGCCUUGAAACAUGAACGAGAUCAAUUUAAAUCGCUUGUCGAUAGUUUACAAGAAAAAUGUGUGCAACUUAAAAAACAAGUGACAAAUAAGGUUAACCUUGGCUUUUUGAAUAGGUUUAUACGAUAG